AUGGAAAUUCUAAGGGAAGCACGGGACAUAAUAAUUUGUACCUUGGAUUUGCUGAAGGAGUUUGAUGUUUCUGUAUUUCCUUGUGUUUCUUCACCUCUCGAGUCAUCCUCCAAGUUAUAUGCAGAUGAAGGGCCUUUGAUUCAAGAUCCUACUAUCUACAGACAUCGUGUUGGGAAGCUGAAUUAUCUUAUCCACACUCGACCCGAUCUAUCUUUUGUUGUUUUGAAGCUGAUUCAAUAUAUACAAAGUCCCCGACUUUCACAUUUCUCGGCAGCACUUCGUGUGUUGCGUUACUUACGAUCAGAUCCAUGUCAGGGGAUCAUCUUAAACACAAAUCCUACACUCGAUCUGCUUGCCUUUUGUGACGCAGAUUGGGCUUCAUGCCUAGAGACUCGGAGAUUUGUGAGUGAUUUCUAUAUCACUCUUGGAGGUUCACUGAUUUAUUGGAAUCGAAGAAACAAACCUCUGUAUCUUUGUCUUCCGCUAAGGCGGAAUAUCGCUCAUGCGUGGAGGAGUUACUGA